AACAGGGACUUCCCUUAGCCUCCAUCAUCUGCAGGGAGGGAAAACAGGCUCUCACACACACUCUGCCUCCCACAUACACACACACGCACUCUGUGCUGAGCGCUAGCAAGAGGCUUCACACACAGCUUCACACGAAACCCAGACAAAGGGAGUGUAACCUGCAACGAUGGAGGAAAACAUGGAUGAAUCCCAGAGCCAGAAAGGCUGUAAGGAGUGCUGCGAGCGAUGCGUGGGCAGUCUGCCCUGGGCGUCGCUCAUCGCCACCAUCUUGCUCUACAUGGGCGUGGCCUUGUUUUGUGGGUGUGGCCACGAGGCUCUGAGCGGCACCGUCACCAUCCUGCAGAACUACUUCGAGGUGAUCCGAGCUCCCGGAGACGUGCUGGACGUCUUCACCAUCAUCGACAUCCUGAAGUACAUCAUCUACGGCCUCGCCGCCGGCUUCUUCGUGUUUGGAGUGCUGCUGCUGGUGGAGGGCUUCUUCACCACGGGCGCCAUCAGGGAUCUCUACGGAGAGUUCAAGAUCACCGCCUGCGGACGCUGCCUGACUGCUUUCCUCAUGGUUCUGGCCUACCUGUUCUUCCUGGUGUGGCUCGGCGUCACGGCGUUCACCAGCCUCCCGGUCUUCAUGUACUACAACGUCUGGUCCAUGUGUAAGAACGCCACCUCCGUGGAGGGAGCCAACCUCUGCCUGGACCUGCGCCAGUUUGGAGCAGUGACCAUCUCGGAGGAGAGGAAGGUGUGCAUGGGCUCUGAGAAGUUCCUGAACAUGUGCGACUCCAACGAGCUGGACCUGACCUUCCAUCUGUUCGUGUGUGCGCUGGCGGGAGCCGGAGCCGCCGUCAUCGCCAUGGUCCACUUCCUGAUGGCGCUGGCCGCUAACUGGGGCUACCUGAAGGACGCCAGCCGGAUGCAGAAGUACGAAGACAUAAAGUCGAAGGAGGAGCAGGAGCUGCAUGACAUCCACUCCACGCGCUCCAAAGAACGCCUCAAUGCCUACACAUAAACCCAGAGCCACCGGAAACAACACACACUUACCUGUCAGACACACACACACACUCACACACACACACACACACACAGCGGCUGAUACAAGCCUGAGGACAGCAUAAAUCCAUCAGACAGGAGAAAAACACAGAAAGAAAAGAUGAGAACUCCGACACCGUCAUCAUCCUCAUGUCUGCAGAUCAUUGGCUCCGGUGCUUCUGUUUGUCCUGAGCAGAACCUUUAACCUUUGACCUUGAACGAAUAAAAUCAGCCGAACCUUCUAAAGGUCCCAACGUAUAGCGGCCUGAACGGCAGAACACAUUCUUACAGCACAAGAUUUACAGAAACCAGCAAAACAAACCAGAACCUGCGACCCAAAGAGCCGGAGCGCAAAGUUUGUGCUGAAGCCGAGGAUCCCGGCAGACACGGGGAUGAGUCUGGUGUCUACGAGCUCCUCAGUAAAUACAAGCCCCCUUCCUUUAACCUGCAGCACCCACACACACACACACACACACACACACACACACACACACAGACAUGUAGAUGUGACUGAAUGGUCGGUGUUGUGCAGGCAGUGUCGUUCGGUGGUGUCAUGCCGUGUCGUGUCCUCUCACCACACUAUGAUGGCGGUGUUGCAGAGAAAAAGGUCCCUCAGUAAAUUUGUGCCUCCUGGGUGCAAAUGGGUUGCUUUGCCAACUUCCCCUCCCCAACCCGUUGCCCCCACCGUCCGGUUCCCCUGAAGUCCAGCUUCACUGGUUGCUCCUUAAAUUCUUGAACCUUCUAAUCGAAAACCAGCAAAAUGACGACGACAAAGAUCCAGAUCCAAAAUUGUUGCUUCAUUUAGUGAAACCAUUGAGCAAACGGCAAAUAAAAGGAUUUUAAAAACCUCCACUGAAGCUGGCGCCCCUCCCCGCCCCGUUUCCCCUGUUGUCUUUAGAGACAGCACAUCUUAGCAGCACAAAGUCUUUUUGUCCUGUUCUCAUCCGUCUGUUUUCCUCAUGAUUUUAUCACUUUUGGGGGAUUUUUGAUUAUUUAUGUGUAAUUUUAGCACUGAGGGUAUUUAAGUGGGAGGUCAGGGGUCAGCUGGGAAUAGGGUUUAUGUCACAUGUUCAUGUAAUGAGUCUGUAUUUCAGUGGUUCUGCACACACACACACACGCCCACACACACACACACUCUGCUUCUUUCUGUUGUCACGGUUUCUUCUGUUCUCAACCAGCCCGAAUGUGACCAAAUGUCCUCAGUAAGUUAGAAAACCACCGAUACGAACAGUAAGCACAUCAGCUGGAGACGAUCCGAGGCCCAACCGGCAGUUUCUGCAGGAUCCCAGAACAUCCAGGGGGCGCUGCGGGGCGAUGAAACAGUGAAUAAGCUGCGUGUUCAGGAAUGAUUUGCUCUACUGCGGCUUUUUGUGGUUUUACAACUUCUUUGGUGUCUUACAUAAUCUCCUCAGGUGCUUCAGAGCUGGAGAGCUGUAAUCUGGAUGAUGUGGGACCAGCCGGCUGCUUCGCGAAGCUUCACAUAGAAUCAGAUGUUUGAGAUUUUGACUUUUAAAUCAACUUCUCGCAUUAAAUUUGUCCAGAGAGCCGCUCAGUCUCUGUGAGAUGCAGCGUUUUCAGCUCCUCAGACUAGAUAGAAGAAUUUGGUUUUGUGUUUUUGAGGCUGUUUCGGGUUCGUUUGCGUCGGGACGGUGAUGAGUCUCUGUCUGCCAGUAGAGAUGAGCCAGAUUGGUUUCUGAUUGGGCAAAUGUGCGACGAAACGAGCUGCAAGCACUUAAACGACUCCAAAACAAAAUAAGAAAUGAAACAGAAAAACUCUGCACACACAGGAAACAGAAGCAAAAGGUCAAAUGUUAUAAUUAGCAAAAACAGCAAGUAUAAAACCCUAAAACUUGCUCUACUAAACGCUGGUCCUCCAGGCCACCAGGGGGAGUCUGAACAUGAUGUAAAUCUGCUGUUCUGCAGUAUUAUAAAUACAUACAGGACAACACAGCUUUUCUUUACUCCUGCAACUUUCCGCUGUACAUCUGGUGUCUGGUUGCAGAUGAUCUGGUGGCCGGCUCCCUCUGGUGGCAUGGAGGACUAACAUUUAGUGAAACAAGUUCACAGCGUUUGUACUUCCUGCUGUUUUUGAUCGUCCCGGUAUUUUCCCGGUUUGGUUCUUGUUCCUGAAGUUGCUGCAUUUUGUUUUUUACUGUUUCGAUGUUUGAAUCUCUCGUCUGCACCUCGUUUCGAAGCUUGCUGCGAGUUUGCAUGCGGCCUUUGCAUUUUCAUUUUGUCUUCAGAAAGAGGAAGGUGACGACGUCAGUUUGAUUUGGUCAGACACACACACACACACACCUACACACACACACCACCGUCACUCUGAGCCAUAGUUCUCUUUUACUUUUCACUGAUGACAUCUCACUAUUUUAUGAUCAACUUUGAAACUUUUUAAAUGUGAAGCUAUUUAAUUAGAAAGAUGUGAUUUUCUUAUUGUUUCUGUGCGUUUCGGUGCGAAGCGCCGCUCCUGCAUCAACUCUGUACAAAGAUAAACGUUUAUGUGAGACGGUGGAGGCCGGCGGCCGGGAGGUCCACUUCCUGUCGGCCCAGAGUCUGGAGGAGGCGGCCCAGUCCCAAUGUCCUGGGCCUCCGCUCUGCAGAAAGCUGCGCUCACACAGAACCGGGCCUGGCUCGGUCCGGUCCGGCUCAACCAUCUCAGGAUCACACAGACCAAAAAACAAAUAAAAAGCUUUCAGAGCAAAUUUGAUGUCCAUCAUUCUGAUCCAGGGAUCGUCGGCGACCCGGCUGGGCCGAGCCGGCGCCGGGCUCCGUGUUUGGGUCGGAACCGGAACCGGUGGUGUGGACGCAGCCGGAGUCGGACUCCUGCAGACUCGGCCCAGUCCAGGUGAACCUCGGUUGCAGCAGUCAGUAUUUUUAAGGGUCUAGUUUUACAGUAACAGUAUUUUAUCAUUUCAUUGCCUGACAAUGGAUGUCAGAUGGUCGAUGUUUUUAACCUCAGAUUAAAGAAAAAAUAGUUUUUGUGCA